UAGAGGUGUAGCAGCGCAACCAAGCGUCCAAGAGAACAAUAGCAGAGAGCAGACGCAGCAAGCGAGGACUUUUCUAGAGGGUUCCAAGUGCAUUGUGGGAUUGUUAAACCGGCAUCACCUCCUUCCUCUUCCCUGCAAAGAUGAUGCAACCACAAGUUAUCGUACUGAAGGAAGGGACAGACACCUCCCAAGGUGUCCCCCAGCUGGUCAGCAACAUCAAUGCCUGCCAGGUGAUCUCAGAAGCAGUCCGCACCACCCUGGGCCCUCGUGGCAUGGACAAGCUGGUGGUGGACAACAGAGGCAAGGCAACCAUUUCAAAUGAUGGUGCUACCAUCUUGAAACUUCUUGAUGUGGUUCAUCCUGCUGCCAAAACUCUUGUGGACAUUGCCAGGUCUCAGGAUGCUGAGGUGGGCGAUGGCACAACCUCUGUGACGCUGCUGGCUGCAGAGUUUCUGAAGCAGUUGAAGCCGUAUGUAGAGGAAGGCCUCCACCCACAGACCAUCAUCAGGGCAUUCCGCACCGCAACCCACCUCGCUGUCAAGAAGAUCAAGGAGGUCGCCGUCACUGUCAAGAAGGACGACAAACAAGAGCAGAGGGAACUUCUGGUGAAGUGUGCUAGUACUGCGCUGAACUCCAAACUGAUUGCCGGACAGAAGGAAUUUUUCUCCGAGAUGGUGGUGGAAGCAGUCAUGUCGCUGGAUCUCCUGCUGCCCCUGAAGAUGAUUGGAAUCAAGAAGGUGCAGGGCGGAGCUCUUGAGGACUCCCAACUGGUUGCCGGCGUGGCCUUUAAGAAGACCUUCUCAUACGCAGGCUUUGAGAUGCAGCCCAAGCGCUACGACAACCCAAGGAUCGCCCUGCUCAACGUCGAACUGGAGCUCAAAGCAGAGAAGGACAACGCAGAAGUCCGUGUCAAAAAUGUGGAGGACUACCAGGCGAUCGUGGAUGCCGAGUGGAACAUCCUCUACGACAAACUGGACAAGAUCUGCAAGUCCGGCGCCAAGGUGGUGCUCUCCAAGCUGCCCAUCGGAGACGUGGCCACGCAGUACUUUGCCGACAGGGACCUGUUCUGCGCCGGCCGAGUCCAGGAGGAGGAUCUUAAGAGGACGAUGAUGGCCUGUGGAGGCUCCAUCCAGACCAGCGUCGGCUCCCUGACCGACGACGUGCUGGGCCUGUGCGAACUCUUCGAGGAGGUCCAGGUUGGAGGAGAGAGGUACAACUUCUUCAAGGGCUGCCCGAAAGCAAGGACGUGCACCAUCAUCCUGAGGGGCGGAGCGGAGCAGUUCAUGGAGGAGACGGAACGCUCGCUGCACGACGCCAUCAUGAUCGUGCGCAGAUCAAUCAAGAAUGACUCUGUGGUCGCUGGCGGAGGAGCCAUUGAGAUGGAGCUGUCCAAGUACCUGAGGGAUUAUUCUAGAACCAUUCCUGGCAAGCAGCAGCUGCUGAUCGGUGCCUACGCCAAGGCCCUGGAGAUCAUCCCCCGGCAGCUGUGCGACAACGCCGGCUUCGACGCCACCAACAUCCUCAACAAGCUGAGAGCCAAACACGCCCAGGGCGGCAUGUGGUACGGUGUCGACGUCAACAACGAGGACAUCGCCGACAACUUCGUGGCGUGCGUGUGGGAGCCAGCCAUCGUGCGCAUCAACGCGCUCACCGCUGCCUCGGAGGCCGCCUGCCUCAUCCUGUCCGUGGACGAAACCAUCAAGAACCCCCGCUCCGGCGGUGAGGGGCCACCAGGUGCCGGGAGAGGCAGGGGCCGCGGCCGCCCUCACGCGCACUAGGCGACCCCCCCCCCCCCUCCCAGCAUCCACCUCCCUGUACCCAUACCCACUCUCUCUCUCUCUCUCCAUCCUUCCUGCCGGGGCAGGUCACCAAGGAAGGUCAGACCUCUGGACUCUUAACACACGAUAGUGGAAGGCUGGUGAAAGAUCGUAGCUGAUUGGUCCCUGGUUGGUCGUAGCUGAUUGGCUUGUCUCUGCGCUCCAUCCCUCUCUUUAAUUAUCUUUGUUACGAAGCACCAUUUUCUUCAUCCUCUAUUUUUUUUUUUUUUUUACUGUUAGAAGUCAUCGUCCCUUCAUGUCCCGAGUUUCAGUCUGAGCAGAGACGGUCUGUUUGUGAGUACCAGUCAUGAUGAAAAGAGGCAGGGAUCUUCUCUCAGCAUGUCAAUGUUUGUACCACGGUUAGCUGAGUGGAAGCCUUUGUCCUUAUGAUAAGCACUGAUGUUGAGCUGCAGUAGGCUUGCUGUUUUGUUGGGUCACUCUGUGGAGCUAUUUAUUGGACCAUUAAAAUGAAUACUCCCACUGCU